AUGGCUCAACAUUACAAACUGUCCUCCAUCUUAUUGCUUGCAUUUAUCUACUUUAUACAUGACCACAUGAUUACUACUAUAACAGCACGUCGCAUUCUACAAACUCCUAGUUUCUCAACGUCCAUUACCCCUAGUUUCGCAAUGCCUACUACCCCCAGUUUCUCCAAUUCCCCCGGUGUUUCAGAGCCUGCUAGCCCAAGUUUCUCCAAUUCACCUAGCCUUUCGAAGCCCGAGACUCCUAGUUUCUCAAAAUCUGAGACCCCUAGUUUCUCAAAACCCGAGACGCCUAGUUUCUCAACACCUGAGACCCCUCGUUUCUCAAAGCCCGAAACUCCUAGUUUCUCAAAACCUGAAACUCCUAGUUUCUCAAAGCCCGAGACACCUAGUUUCUCAAAGCCCAAAAUUCCUAGUUUCUCAAAACCUGAAACCCCUAGUUUAUCAAAGCCUGAGAUUCCUAGUUUCUCAAAACCCGAAACCCCUAGUUCCCCAAGACUCGAAACUCCUAUUUUCUUAAAGCCUGAGACCCCUACUUUCUCAAAGCCCGAAACCCCUACAUUUUCAAUGCCCAAAACCCUUAGUUUCUCAAAGCCCGAGACCCCCAGAUCUCAAAAGCCUGAGACUCCUACUUUUUCAAAGCUCGAGACCCCGAUUUUCUCAAAACCAGAGACCCCUAGUUUCUCAAAGCCUGAGACUCCUACUUCUCCAAAGCCUAAAAUUCCUACUUUCUCAAAUCCCAAAACUCUUACUUUCUCAAAGCCCGAGACCCCAAGUUCUCUGAAGCCUGAGACUCCCAGUUUCUCAAAGCCCGAGACCCCUAGCUUCCCAAAGGCCGAGACUCCUAGUUUCUCAAAGCCUGAGACACCAAGUUCCCCAAAAUCUGAGACACCUAGUUUUUCAAAACCCGAGACUCCAACUUUCUCAAAGCCUGAGACUCCGAGUUCCCCAAAGUCUGAGACCCCAACUUUCCCAAAGCCUGAAAUCCCAAGUUCUUUAAAACCCGAGACCCCAAGUUCUCCAAAUCUUGAGACCUCUAGUUUCUUAAAGCCCGAGACCCCUAGUUUCUCAAAGCCCGAGAUGCCAAGUUCCCCAAAACCUGAGACUCCUAGUUUUUCAAAACCUGAGACCCCAACUUUUUCAAAGCCUGAGACGCCGAGUUCCCCAAAGUCCGAGACCCCUGCUUUCUCAAAGCCUGAAAUCCCAAAUUCUUCAAACCCCGAGACCCCAAGUUCCCCUAAGCCUGUGACCCCUAGUUUUUCAAAGCCCGAAAGCCCUAGCUUCUCAAAUCCCGAGACUCCCAGCUUUUCAAAGCCUGAGACCUCAAGUUUCUCUAAGCCCGAGACUCCAAGUUUCUCAAAGCCUGAGACUCCAAGUUCCUCGAAGCCCGAUGCGCCAAGUUCACCAACGCCAAGUUCACCAACGCCCGAGAUGCCAAGUUUUACAAAACCCGACACUCUUAGUUUCUCAAAACCUGAGACUCCAAAUUCUCCAAAGCCCGAGAUCCCAAGUUCCCCAAAGCCCGAGAUUCCAAGUUCCCUAAAGCCCGAGAUUCCAAGUUCCCUAAAGCCCGAGACUCCAAGUUCCCCAAAGCCCGAAACCUCUACUUUUUCAAAACCCGAGACCCCCAAUUCUCCAAAGUUUGAGACUUCAAGUUCUCCAAAGCCCGAGACCCCUAGUUUCUCAAAGUCAGAGACUCCUAGUUUCUCAAAGCCUGACAUGCCAAGUUCCCCUACGCCUGAGACUCCUAAUUUCUCAAAGCCCGAGACUCCAAGUUCUACAAAGACCAAGGCUCCUACUUUUUCAAAACCUGAGACCCCAAGUUCUCCAAAGCCUGAUACUCCAAGUUUCUCAACUCCCGAGACUCCUACUUUCUCAAAUUUUCCAAAACCCAAAACUCCUAGUUCUGAAAAGCCUGAGACACCAAAUUCCCCAAAGCCUGAGACCCCAAGCUCUCCAAAUUUUGAGACUCCUAGUUUCUCAAAACCCGAGACCUCUAAUUCCUCAAAGCCCGAGAUUCCAGCAGCCCCAGAACUCGAGACUCCUAGUGUCUCUAUGCCUGAAAUACCUAGUGUACCAAAGCGUGACCUACCAACUACCCCAAAACCUAAGAUCCCAACUUUUACAAAGACUGAAUUACCAGUUGUUUCAAAUCCUGAGAUUCCUAGUGUGAUAAAGACAGAAAAUCCAAAACUUUCUAAACCAACAUUGUCAACUUCUCCAUGA